CAAAAAUUAGGAGCUCUUGCUAAACGUCCGGCGCGUACGCCUCGGUCAACGACACUCAACGCGGGCAUCGUCGGGUUCGACGGUCGCUGCCACAGAGCACCAGUAGCCGCGAAGGCCGCGCGCGCCGCUGGCCCACGCUGCCCCCCGAAAGCAGCCCAGCACGCACGCCGUCAACGCGCGCGAGCACCAUGGCGCAGCCCCUCGCCCCGCCGACGAUGAUGGACGAGUUCCGGGGCGGCCAGAUCCCCGCGCCCGAGGGCGCCGAACUGAGGAGGGGCUACUCGCACGAGGCCUCUCAAAGAAGAGCGUGGAGCCGCAAGGAGGACGACGCGAUUAUGAGAUUAGUGGGCAAGCACGGGACGAAGCGCUGGGCCAUCAUCUCGCAGGAGCUCAACAAGGAGGUCCCUGGUUUCAGAUCUGGCAAGCAGUGCCGGACGCGGUGGCUCAACCACUUGGACCCGGGGAUUAAAAGAGAACCGUGGUCCGAGCAGGAGGAGAACGUGAUCUACGAGGCCCAGCAGCGCCUGGGCAACAAGUGGGCGGAGAUCGCGAAACUACUGCCGGGUCGCACGGACAACGCCAUCAAGAACCACUGGUACUCGACGAUGCGGCGGAACAUGCGGCGCCUGGCCAAGGACCUCAACGAGCCCGAGGAGGAGAACGCUGAGAGCGGCCUGGGUACGGUCGUGAGCGCUCUCGGGACGUCCGCCGACCUCAUCCAGAAAUGCGCAAGACAAAUGGGCCGCCUGGAAGCCGCUGCGAGAAAUGGGGAAGUGCCGUCGUUGAAACGGAGGAAUGAUGACUUCGAGGUCCUGCCCAUCCCGACGGACGUCGAGCACCAGCGAAAACACGCUAGGUGCUUACUCCAAGCAUUAGCUUGUACCACAUUACCGUCGGGCGACACGACGCGCUCCGUGCUGCGACCCGCCGGCUACACGGCGCGGAAGGCGCAGGAGGCGGCGCAGAGCGCGAGACCUAGGAAGAAGCCCGCCGCGCGCAAGAAGGCGCCGCCUCCACCAAAACCCUUACCCAUGGCCCCUCCGAUACUACUGCCGCCGGGCCAGCAGAUCGCACUCGGCCCGAACGGCGUCCCGAUCGGUGUCGUCGUCCACCCGUCCAUGUAUGGCGGACGGGGGCCGCCGCCCGGCGCGGUCAUGGUCCCGCCGGGCACGCAGUUCGUCAUGGUACCCCCCCAGAACGGGUCGCCCACGAACGGCCAGUUCGUCGGCUUCCCUGGCUCGCCGACGAACGGCCAGGUCGUCAUGCCGAUGGUGGCCAUGGGCUCGCCCACUUCCGGGCAAUACGCGUUUCCGGCGCCGGCGCCGGGGGGUAAUUCUUGAAGACAAGUACAUCAGAUUCUGCUGUUCCAGUUGUGCGCGGG